AUGUUUUGUACAUUUGUAAGUAACAACUUUCAAAAAGAAGUUCUUCAUACACUAACAUUUAUUAAACAUGAACUAAGACGUGUCGUUAAUAAUCAAAUUGAAUUGAGCCAAAGACUAGAAGUUUUAGAAACACGAUCAGAUAGUAAUGUCCAUAUUGAUAAUAGCAGUAAUAAGCCUUUUAGCUUGUUGAAUGAUAUGUCUGAUUGUACUAUACCAUUAAAUAAUGAAAUAGAUCUUAAUAUAUUUGAAGAUAAAAUUUCUGGAGACAAUGUAUUCAGAUCUAAUUUGAUCAAUGAGUUAUCCUACAUUGGCGGGAAACAUGUAAAAGCCAUGGUUAAAAGGAUGAUGUAUAAACUGUUUAAUGAUGAACUACUUAAAAACUAUUCGUUUACUGGCAAAAAGGGAAAAAUGAAAUUUUCAACAUUAGCAAUAUGUUCUGUUAUUUUUGAUACUCUAAAACAACAUAAAAAAUUCAAAUGUAUCUCACAGAAUGAAAUUGAAGAAAUCAUAAAAUACAUUCUUGCACAAGUACCAUUUAAUCUUAAAAGACUAGAUGCUAAAAUAAUAAUAAAGGAUUGA